CAGUUCUAUAUUAGCCGGGUAUCGGUCAAUGGAGCCGCCACAGCGCAGGAGAGGGAGGGGAAGGUGUCAAUCCUUUAUUAUCACGUGAUCUUUCAGUAGUUUCUUGACUGUCAAACUUUCAACAUAUACGAACCCGGCUCCCUGUGUCAGCAUUUAUGUUGUGAUGUGAACUAAUUGAUAAAUAAAACAGGAAUGGAAGACUUUAUUUUUGUCGGCGCCUGACAGACGGUUUUCUCAGUGAGUCCAUGUAAACAGAAGAUAGAUAGAUAAAUAAUAUUUAAGAAUGUUUUUACGCGACCAGGUCGCUACAGUCAUCAUUUUUCUUCAUGUUUUCCAGAUUACUCAGUCGGCAGUGGAAAGUGAAUGUGCUGUGGACUGUAGGAAUGAGAGGUUAAGACCAGUGUGUGGUUCUAACAGUAAAACUUAUUCUUCAAGAUGUGAGUUAGAAAAAGAACAGUGUUCUGGAUUAGAUAUAAAGCUACGGUACAGGGGACCUUGUCAAGAUGGAGUUAGUUCCCGAUGCCUGGAGGAGAGACAAAAUGCAGUUCGGACGAGUUCAGAAUCAGGGAUUCCGCUAUUCGUCCCGGACUGCUUAUCGGACGGAUCGUAUAACGAGGUCCAGUGUCAUAAAGGAACUGGUUAUUGUUGGUGUGUAAACGAUGCUGGAAAACCGGUUCCUGGAACCAGUGUUAGAUACGCACGUCCCAGCUGCCGGUCUGCUCCAGAUUCGGCGCGUUUUAGGCGUGGCAGAGACAGAGAUAAAAGGAAGGGUUCUAGAGCAACGUGCACGCAAGCAGACAGAUCCUCGUUUAACUCUAAUCUGAAGGAGAUGAUCUCUACAGAGCACAGGAGUAUGUUUGGAGCUAAGGGUAUUCCUGCAGGAACCAUUCUAGGAAACUCAGAUCAGGAGGUAAUGGAAUGGAAAUUCUCCCAGCUGGAUGAGGAUAGGGACGGAGUUCUUAAAAAUAAAGAAUUAAAACAAUUUAAGGAAGAUAUAAGAAAGGUUCUUCGACCUCGUGGCUGCAGUCGGACGUUCACUAAGUUUUGUGACAUGGAUUCGGAUCGAAGGAUUUCUAAACAGGAAUGGAGAUCCUGCUCAGGAUUAGAGGAAAAUUUUUCCUUCAAGUUGUUCUUGAGCCUGAACAGUGAUGAGGAUGAGAUAAGAAGACGGGAGGAGAGGGAGAGGAAGAGAGGAGAAGAGAGAACGGGGAUUCGAGGAGAGGAGGAGCAGGAGGAGCAUCUAUCUCCAGAUGAUAGUCCGAGUCCGAGUCUGUAUAAUCGACAAUACAUAGAGGAGGAGGAGGAGAUGGAGGAGGAAGUGGAUGAGGAGGGAGAUUGGAAGGAGGGACAAGACGACGAGGGAAGUUGGAGGGAGGGUCGAGGAGACUGUAAAACGGAGAGAGAAGAGGCUACCAAGGAAGCGAGGGCAGGAAAUGAGGCGACUUAUAUUCCUGAAUGCGAUCGAACAGGUGAAUAUAACGAAGUACAGUGCUACAAGAGUACAGGGUACUGCUGGUGUGUAGAGAAGGGUACAGGAAGACCAGUACCCGGUACAUCUAGUAAACAUCAUGUACCAGACUGUACUAAACCCUCCAGGAGGGAAUGGUUGAAGUGUGAGGGUGUAAAGAGGGAUCAGUUUCUGUCUGAACUAAAGGAUUGGUUUAGAGAGAGAAUGGAUAGAAGCUCUUCCAGUACUCAGUACAGAGAUUCCAGUUUGAGUUCUACAGAGAAUAGUAUUAUGUGGAAAUUCUCAGUUCUUGACAGAAACAAAGAUGGGGUUUUAAAGAGAAAAGAAAUACGCGCGUUUAAAGGUGAACUGCGCGCAAUAGCAGGGUUGAAACUGUGCGGUAAGCGCAUCAAUAAAUACUGUGAUCUCAACUUGGAUAAGAAAAUUUCAAUCGACGAGUGGAAAUCUUGUCUAAACCAAGGAGAAGGAGGCAGAAUGUCUUCAAUAAACCCUGUAUCAAGGAGAAGAGGACCAAAUCCCUUGAAAACUUGGCUGAAAGGGGACUAGCAUGGAGGGAAUUCUUCCUCCCUUUAUACUGGCAAAAUGUGAUCAAGUUUUUCUCAAUUGUCUUAGAGAAGUUCUAAGUUUAAGCGGAGAAAACACCCUCAUCAUGAGCAGCGAUUUUGCAGCGAACAAUUUGUGGUGAAAUCAAAUCCAGUGAAACGUCUUUCAUUAUAAUAAUGCUCAGUUGAGCUUUUCAAAUCCUCAGUUGUUUUUUGUUUCAACAUAUAAUCAUUAAACCUUUGAUGGAACUUUCUUUCAAAAUUCAGAGUCCUAAAAAAGGUUUCUUUGUUUGAAGGAAUAUGCAGGUGUGCUGAUAUAAGCAAAUUUUUGUUUUUAAGGACUUUUUUUGUUUAAAACACUUCACUUUUGCGUAGUUAAAUAUAAUGUACAUAUAUUCCUUAUUGCUGUUAUUAUGUCAUAAUAAUUAUUAUUAUUUGU